AUGGCCGACAAGGAGGCAAGCCAGCCCACGCCCGCCGCUCCGCCUCCUCAUCCCGCUGCACGCACCUCGUCCUUUGCUCCCACCGCGGCGACAGGCAGCACUGCGGCGACAUCAGCUGCACCCGCAUCGACCUCGACAGCGAUAGCAACGGCGUCAGCGACGGCGACGGCGAGCUCGACGCCAUCCUCCUCAAAACCUCCCUCGCUCAAGGCGCCCUCCAGGCCGACCCACUUCUUGACCAAGUCCCUCACCACCGCAGCCGGCACCAGCACCGCAUCGUCGUCGAUCAACAUCCGCGGCUCCGCCUUCGCCCACCAUCACGUCCUCGCACCCGCCCGCACAUCUUCACUGCGGACGCUCGACAACGCCCCAGAUGACUGGGACGCCGAUUCCACCGCAUCUUCGCUCUCGCAGCAGGCGCCCAGCACCAUCGAUGACGGGUCGCGCGGUCCAAACAGGGACGGGGCGGGCCUGUUUGCCUCGCAUCGCCCAGAGUUCGACCAGGACCGCGUGGACAACGUCGGCGUCGGUGCCGGCGGCAGCGGCAGCGCCAGCAGCAGCUUCAUGAACGCCUUUCCCUUUCUCGGCCAGAGCGAUGGUGUCAACGAGUUCGGACAGAAGGUUGCGGGUGGAUCCACACGGGCGCCACCCAGAGACGCCCUCGACUACAUUCGCUCCGUCAGCCACCGGGCAGACGUGCGAGCGCCCUCGUCGUCGCAGCAGAAUUGGUCGAGGCCACAUUCGUCAGAUGCGGAGAAGGCGGCCUCGUCGAUAUCCAGAGCACCCUCGCCUUUGCCCGCCGCCAGCCGGGUCGCCGAACCCGCUGCGAGGCCAGUCACGGUCGAGACGGGGUCGUUCAAGGGCAAGGAGAAGGCUGCGCUCGCCGAGGUCGUCGAUGCCGGCGCAAACGGUGAAGCGAUACCGACGGCAGAGGAAGACUACCCGGCCUCACCGAUCCCCACCAGCGAGCAGGGCGCCCCGACCGUCAGCGGCGUCGAUGGCCAAGGGAGGGGCGGUGACGAUGGCGCCUAUCCGGAUCGCAAGUACUACAUCUUGAGCAGCGCGGGGAAGCCCAUCUACAUCAGCCACCUCGCCUCGCGCCGCACGUCGAGGUCACGGCAGGGUUCGCGCGAUGCGGCCGACGAGGAGGCCGAGCGGCGGCGGCAGCAGGAGCUCGAGGACGACGAAGAGGAGCGUGCGACGACGCAGGUGGGCGUCAUGCAGGCGCUCAUCUCGAUCUUCGCCGACGACGAUGGCGACCGGCUGCGCCACAUCAACGCCGACAAUGGCCGGACGCGCAUCACGUUCCUGCUGCGGUCGCCCCUCUACUUCGUCUGCGUCUCGUCGUGGGGCGAGCCGCCGGCGACGACGCGCAUGCACCUCGAGAACCUGCACCUCCAGGUGCUCAGCCUGGUGAGCGCCGGCCAGCUGUCGCGGCUGUUUGCGCGCAUGCCCAACUUUGACCUGCGACGACUGCUCGAGGGCACCGACGUGCUGCUCGGCAGCCUGCUCGCGCGCCUCCAGACCGACCUCUGCUUUGCUCUCGAGGCGCUGCAGCCCGUGCGCGUCGAGGCGCCGUUGCGGGAAGCCGUCUCGACGCUGCUGCUGCCGCCCAAGGGCGACGCGCGGCCAAAGGACCUCCUCUACGUGCUGCUCCUCGCCAACCAGCGCAUCCUCACGCUGCUCCGCCCCAGGCGGCACAGCGUCCACCCGGCAGACAUGCACCUCCUGGUCAACACCGUGUACGGCACCGAGGCCAUCCGCGAGCCGGGCGGAGAGAGCUGGGUGCCCAUCUGCCUGCCCAAGUUUGCGCCGCAGGGCUUCGUGCAUGCCUACGUCAGCUUCCUCGAGCGGCCUGCGGGUCCGGGCGGGGCAAGCGGCGAGGGCCGCCACGACGGAGCCGACGGCGACGAUGACAGUAGCCUGGCGCUCGUCAUGGUGACGGGCGACCGCGACGGCUUCUCGGAGCUGAGCGCAUGGCGCAGCGACAUCAUUGCCUCGCUCUCUGCCGCUCCGGCUCCCAAAGCGGCGGCGGCGGCGCCCACGUCGCCGAGCCUGCUGGCGGGUCUGUUUGACGCCGUCGGCCGGUGCGACUACAGCGCCGACGAGCUCGGCAUCGCGGGGCUGCGCCACUUUGUGUACAAGUCGCGCACCAAUGUCCAGAUCACGGCGACGCGCCUCGAGGCGCCGUACGAGGCGGGCAGCGACGACCACAAGCGCCUCGUCACGCUCUACACGCUCGCCCACGACGCCAUCCACGGCCUCUCUACAGGUGCAUCGGUGCCGCUGCCCGGCGGCACCAAGACCUCGACGGACCUCGCGUCCGAAUACCUCGGUAGCGGCAGCGGCGGCAGCGGUGGGGCAGGUGGGAUGGACGGAAUCGUCGGAGGAGGUCGGACGAUCCAAGCGGCCUCGUCCAACUUUAUGCAAAAGGUGCUCCUCGGCGGCGGUGGUGGCACAUCAUCAUCAGCGAGACAGGACUACAGCGCCGCCGCCGCCGCCGCCGCCGCCGCUGGGCAGAGACGGCUGCCGCCGAUCGCGGGACCGGUCAAGAUGCAGUACUACCAGACGGAGCGCGAAGCCGUGCUCGGGUGGAUCACGCAGCCGUUUGAGCUCUACCUGACCUUUAACCCGUGGCUCAGCAAGACGGCCAUCGUCGCCGCUGCCAACGCCGUCGCCAAGUGGGUCAAGCAAAACGAACAGGCCGUCUUUAUCACUAGCGCACUCACCUUUUAG